AUGGCGGACUCGGUGGAGAGAAGUUCGGACGCUCCGGUGGAGAUUAAAAGUUCUGGAGAUGCCGAUGCGCCAGAGACGUCGACUCAGGAGAGGCUGGAGGACGAGAGCGUGAUCUUCAACGACUCCAGUCUGUCUGAUCAGAUCCAUUCUGAGUUACAGAGUCUCCGUCUGGACGGCUGCCUCACAGACGUGGUCCUGAACGUCCAGGAUCAGAGCUUCUCCUGCCACAGAGCCGUCCUCGCCGCCACCAGUCUGUACUUCAGAGCGAUGUUCUGUAACGACCUGAGAGAGAGUCGAGAGGAGAGCGUGAACAUCAGAGGGAUCGACCCGGCCGAGAUGAAGAUGCUGCUGGAGUACACCUACACCAGCAAGGUUCUCAUCACCAAGGAGAACGUCCAGAAACUGCUGGAGGCCGCCAGUCAGUUCCAGUUCCCACGGGUGAUGGAGGCGUGUUCGCGGUUCCUGAUGGAGUCCCUCUACCCGGAGAACUGUGUCGGGGUUCUGCACCUGGCAGAUACUCACUCAUUAACCCCGCUGAAGAAACACGUCCACGACUACAUCGUGAGGAACUUCUCCAGCGUGGCGGCUCACGAGGAGCUGGCGGACCUCCGCGAGGACGUCCUGCUGGACCUCCUGCACAGAGACGAGCUCGCCGUCACAGAGGAGGAGCAGGUCUACGAAGCCGCCAUGCGCUGGAUCCGGGCGCGGCGGGACCGGCGGGUACCGGCGCUGCCGCGUGUCCUGGCUCAGGUGCGCCUCCCGCUGCUGGAACCCAGUUACCUGGUGGAGAACGUGGAGGGGGACGAGCUGAUCCGCUCCUGUCCUGAGCUGUUCCCCUUACUGCAGGAGGCUCGAGCCUAUCACCUGUCUGGGGCCGAGGUGAUCUGCGAGCGUACGAAGCCGCGGCUCCAGCAGUUCCAGUCCGAGGUGUUCGUGAUCAUCGGCGGCUGCACCAAGGACGAGAAGUUCGUGUCGGAGGUGACGUGUCUGGACCCCCUGCGGAGGAGCCGGCUCGAGGUGGCCAGGCUGCCCGGCACCGAGAUGGAGACGGAGGCGGAGAACAAGAAGUGGGUGGAGUUCGCCUGCAUCACCUUCAGGAACGAAGUUUACCUGUCAGGUGGGAAGGAGACGCAGCAGGACGUGUGGAAGUACAACGCUUUCCUGAAUAAGUGGAUCCAGGUGGAGUACAUGAGCGCCGGCCGCUGGAGGCACAAGAUGGCGGUGUUGGGAGGGAAGGUUUACGUCUUGGGAGGAUUUAACGGCGUUCAGAGGCUCAGCAGCGUGGAGGCGUAUGACCCCUUCCACAACUGCUGGACGGAGGUCACUCCUCUGCUGAUCGGCGUCAGUUCGUUCUCGACUGCCAGCUACGCUAAAACCAUCUACGUCAUCGGCGGCGGCCCGAAUGGAAAACUGGCCACCAACAGCCUGCAGUGCUACGACAGCGUGAGCAACAAAUGGACGCUAAAGAGCCCGAUGCCCAUCGAAGCUAAGUGCACCAACGCGGUGACGUUCAGGGAGCGUGUUUACGUCGUGGGCGGAGCCAUGAAGGCGCUGUACUCCUACAGCCCGGCGGCGGACGCCUGGACGCUGGUGACGGAGCUGGGGGGCGAGAGGGCGAGCUGCGGCAUCUCCGCCUGCUGUAACAAACUCUUCAUCACCGGCGGCAGAGACGAUAAGAACAGCGUCAUCUCCACCGUGCUCUGCUGGGACCCGCUCACCGAGACCCUGACCGAGGAGUGCGUGCUGCCCCGGGGCGUGUCCCAUCACGGGAGCGUCACGCUCCGAAAAUCCUACACGCACAUCCGCAAGAUUCAAACACACACCGACUGAUACACAAACACCAAGUCAAUACACGUCACAAGGCCAAAAGUAUUCGGACGCCUGACCGAGAGCGUGUAUUAAAAUAGAGUGACCUCUGUGUGACCUUUCAGCUAGAACAACAGUCGCUCUCCUGAGAAGCUUCUCACAAGACUUUGGAGUGUGUCCGUGGGGAUUUGUGCCCUGAUGUUGGUGUUCCGGUUCAUCCCAGAGCUGUUGAGUGGGGCUGAGCUCAGGGCUCUGUGCAGCUUUUCUUCAUGUCUUUAUAGAACAGGACAGGUCCUUCCCUAAACUGUUAAUGCAAAUUUGGAAGCGUGUGAUUGAUUUGUUACUAAUCUUAAACUGUCAGGAGCACCAACAUUUACCUCAGAUAUGCUGGUCAUGAGGUCUUGAGUCCACGACCUGGCUGUGCGUCCAGCAGACACUGUGGAGCGUGCGCUAUACGACUCUCUAUGAGACUCCACCACUAAUAAAUGUGACGGCAAACAGUGAAACUCUGCUGCUCAGCUUCAGCGUCUCAGAGUCAGAACUGCAGUAGACUCGUGUGAACAUGGGAAGGAACGUCCACUUCCUCCUGAGGAACGUCCACUUCCUGUUCUGUUCUUGUUCCGCUCUUGUACUCGGUGUGAACAUGAGCAGGAUUAAACCAGCAGCAGCUUUAUAUCAGGGGUUAAACACUGUGGGUGGAGGGUGGGGUGUGUACAGGUGGUUAUUAUUGUAUUUAUGUGAUUUAAUGUAAAUAUGUAAUUAUUAUAAACAUGAAUAAAUAAAAUAUUAUUAAAUAA